AUGAUUCUGUACAAUCGGAUACCCAAAUGUGGCAGUUCGCUCUUAAAUGUUCUUUUCGAACAGUUAUCAAGCAGAACAGGUGCAUUCAUACAUAAAUUUGGACAUUCAGAAUCUCUUUAUCACCGUUUGUCCAUUGAAGAACAAUAUAAUUUGACUAGAGACAUCCGUCAUCAUGUAUAUGUUCACAGUCCUCGUCCGACCGUGUUACUACAACAUUUUCACUUCCUUCAUGUUGCGUCUACAUCAAAUGCUACUUUUUAUUAUAUAAACCAGUAUCGCGAUCCACUAGCACGUACUUUAUCUAGUUUCGACUUUCGCCGGUUUGGAUGUACAGUGUCACGCAGUCAACGUCAGUGCUUAAUGAUACAUCCAUCUUUGCGCAAUAUGACGAUGGACGAAUGUGUUUCUACUGGUGAUCCUUCUCGUUGUAUCACAAACCCUUAUGGAGUUCGUUCUCCAAUCCCGUACUUUUGUGGCCACUUAUCUAUAUGCGACGAUAGCUUAACCAGGCCAACAAGUGAUGCUGCUCUCGCUCUUGCGAAGACUAAUAUCGAACGGUACUUUAUUCACGUGGGUCUUCUGGAAUACCUUGAAAGUUCGCUAAGACUUCUUGAGCAUAUCCAACCAUCCAUAUUUACUGGUCUCCUGGAUGCCUAUGUGAACGGCUCAAAUCGCCGCAUCGUAAAUCGAGUACCCAAGAAAUAUCGUCAUAAUAUAAACAACAGGACUCGCAAUAUUCUUUUACAAUUACUCAAGCCUGAAUAUGAGCUGUACAAUUUCAUUCGAGCACGUUUCAUCGAUCAUUAUACUCGUGUUUUUCAUCAAGCACCGAUUUACCAGGAAAGUUAG